AUGUGCAUGAUUUUCUCCUGGCAGUCUGCGGAUCUCAUCGAACAGAUGUAUGCCCACGCGUUUGGAGACUAUAUGAGAUAUGCCUUCCCUUAUGAUGAGCUCCGGCCGCUCUCUUGUGAUGGGCGAAUUACCCGAGAAAGAGGCGAUCUCGACUUUAUCAUUGCUAAUGUUUCUAUGACAUACAUCGACUCGUUGGAUUCACUUGUGCUAUUCGAUAGGCUCGAAGACUUUGGAGAGGCUGUCGAUUUUAUAUCACAUAAUGUGACUUUUGAUCGCGAUGUGGUGGUCUCGGCCUUUGAAAUGAAUAUACGAGUUCUUGGUGGGCUUCUAUCUGGUCAUCUCCAUGCCAAGCGAAUGGGUAUACCUUCCGGUUACCAGGACGAUCUACUACGGAAAGCCAUCGACUUGGGGGAUAGGCUCUACAAGGCUUUUGAUACAUCAACAGAUCUCCCGGCGGCUCGAGUGAAUCUAGUUAGGGGUAUCGAUAUUGAUGAUGAGGAAGUACCAACGAGCAUUUCUGUAGCAGAAGCGGGCAGUUGGAUCAUGGAGUUUGGCACUUUAAGUCUCCUUACUGGCGAUUGGAAGUACUACGAGGCGGCUCGGAAGGCGUUGGAUCAUUUAUGGUAUAUGAGGCUUGGCCCAGCGGCGCUCAUGCCUACCACGAUCUCGAUAUCAACAGGGCUGUGGAUGGACAGUCUCUCAUCAGGCGCCGGACCUGGACAUGACUCCUAUUAUGAGUAUCUGUUGAAGGCUUAUGUCCUCUUUGGUGACGUGGAACUGUAUGAGCGUUUUAUGGAGCAUUUCGAUGGCAUUAGUUCUUAUCAAGCCGGCGGGCAGCUGACAUUCGAUAUAGCUACUGAUUCACCAGCACAUACACAAGUGUCACCACUACAGAGUUUUUGGGGAGGAGUCGUGAAUGCCGUACAAGGGCCGUCAGCGUACGCGACGUCCAUCGCUCGGAUGUGGUCUCGACUUUGGGACUCUAUGGGCGGCUUGCCUGAGGUUGCGGAUAUAAAGGAACGAAGAGUGGCUCUGAUAGCCUAUGGUCGAGACUUCAAUUUGCGGCCAGAGUUGGCGGAGACUCUUUCUCAACUGGGUGCAGCUAUCAGCGGCGGAGUGGAGGACGAGACGUAUAAGUGGAAGUUGGAGAAGAUGGCAAACGACUUGGAGAAACGAAAUAAGGCCGUAUGCGGGUACGCGUCUUUAGCCGACGUUCUUGCCCAUCGCAACGACGACCGUAUGGACAGCUUUUUCCUUAGUGAAACUCUACCUUACCUGUAUAUGGGGUUGACCGGUCCUCAGGUUGUCGCUAAUCGAUUGGGUAGUGGUAGUAUCGGCCGGGUCUUCACGACGGAAGCCCACGUUCUACCAUUGAGCCAUCUGGUGCCAUUGGCGAGGGACAGGCCUGGCCAUGCACGUGGGCAACGAGGCACGCGUACCACGCCUCUGGUCUGUCCCAUCGGGCCUUCGCCCGUGUUGAGAUUCUCGGACAUGGUGGAUUGGCAGAUCUCUCACGGCGCGUGGACGGUGUGGCCAGAGCUUCCUACGGCCCUUAGAGAGGCUAUUCCAACGGGAGUAACUAUGCCUAGGGGCAAGGCACGACUUGUGGUUCGAGCCGCUGGGAUGAUGGCUGAAGAGCCUGUGUUCAAUCUGAGUGUGGGAACGGCGAUAUUUGGUGGCAGGAUUCGACAAAGGAGUGGUAUGGAAAAAUUUCAAUGGGACUUGGGCGAAGCGAAGCGAACGAGGCUUGUUAGGAUGAUACAUUCGGGGCCGUCUCUUAGGGCUGCUCUGAAGAGGCAUGGGAGGUGUUCUGAUGACACUAAGGCUUAUCGCAAUCAUAGUAAGGCGAGUGACCGAGUGUUCUCUGGAGGGCUUCACUGGCGAGAGACUCCGAUAAAAUCGCAACGUAGGGAUUUCCGGCUGAUGUUUUCGGGGAAUGGUACGGACUUUGGUUGCAACCGAACAGGCCAGGACGAUUACAGUGAGGCUGAUAAUGUGAUGGUAGUCGUGCAUAGGGCGGGCAAUUGUUCCUUUGCUGAUAAGGCCUUGAACGCUCAGUUGAGGGGAGCGAGUGGUAUCUUGGUCAUCGAUGAGGCCGGGUCGGGGCGUAAAAAGAAUCUUGUGAUGACAUGUGAGAUUGAGAAGAACUGGUUAUGUCACUACGUACACAUCCCUGCUGUUUCUGUACCAGCGGUUGAUUUCGCCCCUGUUUUAUCCCUUUUGAAGGCUGGCCAUAGUCUUUUCGCGCAGCUCUUGGAUGGCGCGUUGUUGUUCUAGAGUCGUGUUCUACCACAUACGUUGCCUGUAAUUGCUAUACUUGUAUAAUCUCAUGUACUAUUACGAGGGGGCUAAAUGCUUCCUUGUGUUUUACUCCGGGGAGUUCUUGUCUUUCGGCGAGCCC